AUAUUUUGUUUUCCCUGGCCACACCUCUUUCUGUCUCCAUUCUUCGUCUCCGACCGUAGACUUUGUCGCCUCUAUCUCCUUCUUAACCUCGCUCUCUUCAUCGGCGACGCGGUCACAGAUCGUCGCAAUCGACGAUUUUAUGGUUUUCUUUAUGCCUAUUCUUUCUCUGUCUCCCUCUUAUAUAUUUCACUCUCUCAUCAGAUCUCCUUUGUCGCACCGUGCCCAGCGAUCUCAGUCUAUCUUCCUCUGAUCGGCCCGCUACGAGCGCCAGCGACGAUUUUGCGUCCGUUUCUUUGACUUUCAUCAGUGGACUUGCCGAAGUAAUUGCACCUUCAAAUGAGUGAGAAGAAUUUAGGAUAAGAUAUUUUUUUAAUUUCUCAUUUUAUUUCUGCUAAGUCUCUCUCUUUAUGAUUGGGAAAAUGGAGGCGCCAAAGUUUACUGGUCUUAUAAGAGGAAACAACACCCAUGAUAACAACUACUAUGAUUUCACACAAGGAUUUUAUCAAAAACUCAGUGAGGGCACAAAUAUGUCCAAUGACAGCUUACAGACAAGCAAUGCCGGGGGGUCUGUCUCUAUGUCGGUGGAUAACAGUAGUGUGGGCUCCAAUGAUUCUCUAACCCAUAUUUUAAGCCACCCUGGUUUAAAGCCUGUGAAUCAUCACAACUACAGUGGUUCAGUUGGGCAGAGUGUGUUUCGUCCAGGAAAGGUUGGCCACGCGCUUAAUGAUGAUGCAUUAGCUCAAGCUUUGAUGGAUGGCAGGUGCCCAACUGAAGGAUUGUCCAAUUAUGAGGAAUGGACAAUCGAUUUAGGAAAACUAAAUAUGGGAACAGCUUUUGCGCAAGGUGCUUUUGGGAAGUUAUAUAGAGGGACAUAUAAUGGGGAGGAUGUUGCAAUUAAGAUAUUGGAAAGGCCGGAGAAUAGCCCAGAGAGGGCACAGGUGAUGGAGCAGCAGUUUCAGCAGGAGGUGACGAUGCUUGCAACGCUAAAGCAUCCUAACAUAGUCCGGUUUAUUGGCGCAUGUCGUAAGCCAAUGGUUUGGUGCAUUGUGACUGAGUACGCGAAGGGAGGCUCAGUUCGACAGUUUCUAACUAGGAGGCAGAACCGUGCUGUGCCAUUGAAAUUGGCAGUGAAGCAGGCACUGGAUGUCGCCAGGGGAAUGGCUUAUGUGCACCACCUUGGGUUUAUACACAGGGAUUUGAAGUCGGAUAACCUUCUUAUCCCUGCUGAUAAAUCUAUCAAAAUUGCUGAUUUUGGUGUUGCACGGAUUGAAGUGCAGACUGAGGGGAUGACACCAGAAACAGGAACAUACCGGUGGAUGGCUCCAGAGAUGAUCCAGCAUAGGCCCUACACACACAAAGUAGAUGUUUAUAGCUUUGGAAUUGUCCUCUGGGAGCUCAUCACGGGCUUGCUUCCUUUCCAGAACAUGACAGCGGUGCAGGCAGCAUUUGCUGUCGUGAACAAGGGUGUAAGGCCGGUUAUUCCGAAUGAUUGUCUCCCUGUGCUGAGCAAUAUUAUGACUAGAUGCUGGGACACCAAUCCUGAGGUCCGUCCACCCUUCAGUGAGAUCGUGAAGAUGCUAGAGGAAGCUGAAAAUGAGAUAUUGACAACUGUGCGUAAGGCACGCUUCAGGUGUUGCAUGACCCAACCAAUGACUGUGGACUGAGCAAGAAUAGAAGACUAAAAAACUGAUGUUUCAAAUUAAAAAUCAGAAUAUAAAUGAAAAGGUGAAACAUAUGAACUGAAAUAGUAAGAAAUUUGCUUAUGAGUUUGCAUGGAUAGCUGAUUUCUGGAUUUUGUUGUCAGUUGUAUCUGACUGUUGUUGUAUGUCAUAGUUCUGGCAGUAGGGAGCAUUUGUACAUGUUUCCCACUGUAGUGUUAUAUAUAUGGGGCCUGCCAAUGUCCAAUGGGUUCCAUAGUUCUAGUUUCUUUCAAUAACAAAUCCAGGUUUGCGUUUGUGCUAUUGAAUUCAGAGCUGUUAAUGCAUGUUUUUCUUUGUUGUCUGCUUUCGUGUCA